AUGGCUUACUUUUCUGUCGUGCGGUUGCUGCCAUUCGUGGUCCUAGUAUCGUCAUUGACCAUAGGAUGUAUGGUUCUAGCCCAGAACCCCGACGACACUGAAACACCGCCAAUGGAAUGCAACAGGGUGAAUGAAAGUUAUGACCCAUGUGGUAGUGGGUGCGGUGAUUUGACCUGUCAGAAUGUACGUCGAAACGACGUCCAGUGUGGUCGCCAAUGCCAGGAGGGUUGUUUUUGCAAUAGAGGCUAUGUUCGCAGUCGCAGCGGUAGUUGUAUACCGUCGUAUGCUUGUGCCACCUUUGGCUGA